UCUGCUUUUGGUGAUUGGUGAGCUAUACAGUCAAUUGACGUUGCGAGCUAAACUUUGCCAAAUCGCUAUCAUUAGCUGACAACAAACAUGGCAAGCGCAUGUGUGUGUUCCAUAGGGCGUGGCUUGCAUGCUCAGACCAAGAAGAGGUUGGGAUAUGGUGCUUGCAGACGGCUACAAAGUUUUGCACUCUCUAACUAUAUGGCUAUGGCGAGGGUAAAAAAAAACCCCAAACAAGCUGUAGGCCCAAAAUGCACCGCACCUUGGACUGCCCGAGAAGCAAAAAUGCAACAUACUGUGACAUAGGCAAGGAUCCAGCUCCAAGCAACACCUUCCUGUUUUCUUUCCAGUAUUUGUCAGUUAGGGUAAGUUGUUUGACUUUUAGUUUUGUUACAACAGUGUUAACUUCUGCUUAUAUGACAUGCUUAGAAUGGUAGAAAACAUUGCCUAUAUGGUUAAUAAAUGUUUUGCACUUCUGCCUUGAUAUACGUACGUAUGAGAGGACAAAGGUAUUGCAUUAUACAACUGUUAUGGUGCAGCUCUACACAACCAUUACACGACAUUAAAGCAACACAAAAACAAUCAAAGCUGGACCCAUCUUUCUAAAGGCCAAAUUAUAUUGAUGUAUUGUGACAGCACAAUUUAGUUGUAAAGAAACACAAGAUUCUACAACAUCUUUUUGUGUGUGAAGUGCAAGGGCAACUGUUAUUUAUACAGUUAUUUAUACAAUUUGCAUCACAGUGUGCCUGCAGUUAUUAGAAGGAAAGCCAGCCAACUGGAAGUGGUCAACAGGUUGUUGUUUACACAUUGAUACUAUUCACAAAUCACUCCAGUGAAUGCAACUUGAGAGUGCAAGCGUAAUAUCAACCCUCAUAGAUUGAAUGUGACUCUGUUUGGGAGCACUGGGACAAAAUAGAUACACUUCGGGUCGAUUAAUACAUCAGUGCAGAGAGACAGGUGCACCCUUUACAUACAAUACUUCGGUAUUAGUGGUAGGUAACAUAAACACUAAAAUUAAACAAAAAAAGCACUCCAUAACCGAAAGUACAAGCAAAAUGCCCAAGUACGCCCCUGGAGUUGCGAAACCACAAUUUUAGCUUGAACUGGACAGGAAUGCAAAACCUGACAGAGGCCAGGGGCAACCUAAGGCAUGCAAAUUGCUGCUAUAAAAUGCAUAAACUGGACAGUUAAUCAAACCUCCAGGUGUAAUUCAUUUUAUUUAAAAAAAAAAUCAGUGCUUGCUGAUAGCAAUGAUGCUUGCUGCUCAUCCUUUCCUUGCAGGCAAGCUAAUCAGCUAUUAGCUGUGUUUGCGAGUGGUCUUUAAUAGUAGUUAUCUAUCGCAAUCACUUUGACUCAAUAAAGACUACAGUUUGUAUGCUCACGCUCCGGACAAUAUGAGCUAGGCGCCAAAGCCUGAAGAGACGCAGACAGUCCGGCUCUGACAGCUCACGUCCAGCUCGGUGUGCAGCUAGCAUAGAUGCUAAGUAUCCCUCCUUAAAUGGGCGAAGCCACUCUCCUUCACAUUAGUUGCUUUUAGUGCGGCAGCUUAAACUCUCACCUCGCCGUCGACGACGUCGUGGUACGCGGGCGGAGGGUCAAAGCCUCCCGUGCCGGUCCUCCCGCUCGUUUCCCCGUCUCCGCUCGUACUUAAGGCUGGAGCAGGCCCGCUCUCCAUGGGCUCAUAUCCAUAGCCGAGCCCGGGGCUUUCGUUGGUCAGGAGCGCAACCGCCUCGUUGAUGUCGUUCUUCGCCAAGCGGAGCGCCUUCCUUAUCACGUCCGGGUCCGGAAAGCCCAUGCAGAGGAGCGUGGUGAUGUGCUGCUCCUCUUCGGUCUCCAUAUCGCCGCGGUCACAAACUAAUAGCUAUGGGGUUUGGGGCACAGCCCUGUAGCUGUGCUGCACGCCGCCAUGUUUACAGCCCGCUGCUGACUGUCACGAUCUGGCUUCCCCCACUACAGCGCCCACACAGGUGUUAUGCACACUUCAGCAGCCUCGGAAAUCGCAAAAUCCCAAGGGAACAUGUACAAACCACACCGACAACUUAAACAUAAUAAUACUAAAUAAUACCUAAUUUGGCGAAAAUUAUAUCAGCAUUAUUGUUGAGAUUACGACAUGUGGAAGAGAAUACCAAUUUCUGCGUACAAUAAUUUGUGUUAUGUGAUAUCUAACGAUUUUUUGAUAUUUGAGUUGUCUUUUCCCGAGGGAGAUUAAACCCCCCUCCAUUUUAUUGUCCAUCCUAUCAAUGUCAUGUAAAUUUUCAUGUAAAAACAGGUCUCUUGGUAAAAUAUUUUAUUUUUGUAUAUACAUGUUUUAAUAUAUAACUUUAAUUGUAACAAUUGGCUCACUGUCAGUAGUUAUUCCGCAAAUAAAGUACAAUUACAUUGUUGAUUAUUUGCUGCGCUGUUCUUUUACUUUCACUUUCACAUGUAUUUGAUUCUAACUUUCAUCGAAAACGAAACGGAGUCUGCUGUCUCACUUCACGUACUUCUACCAAGUGUAUUAGUGCAUUCCUGCAAAAUGCAGCGCGCUGCCAGUACCCGGGUGUUGCAUUGAAAAGGGUCAAAAUGUUCAGUGCCGGGCACUUACCAGCCCAAAUAAUUAAAUAAAAAUGCAUUUAAAAACAUGCCAUCCCCAAUAAUCGUCAACUUGGCUACGCAGCGGAAAGGGAAAGACUGACUUGGAACGACAGUCAUCGAUUUGGAAAAGAUACACCGCAAAAAUUCGCGCUCACCUAUUGAAGUGUACUGACGGAAGUAUUGGAUUUGAGACACACCCACAUAUUAAUGGGUGCCUGGUACACUCCCUAGUUUUGAGCGCACAUAUGAUCUCAGUAGCCAAUCACAAACUAAGAUUUUAGUCCUUUUAAAACAUUGAUCAACCUAUUAUGGCGGUAAAUAACAUUGAAAUCUGUGUUAUAGCAAUAACGAUUAGGGUUAUUUCAGUCGUAAAUAAAAAUCUAAUUAAUACACAACUAAACUCUUUUGGUUUUGAAUUUAAAAAAUAUAUGCAAAUCUAUUAUUUAUGUAACUACAAUUAUUUUGGUUGUAAAAAAUUAAACAUUACAUAUUUUGGUUGGAAACAGAACACAAUAAAAACAUAAAUGCAGUAAACUUAUUGUUACAGCUAUUUUGUUUAAUAUAGGCUAUCUUGGUUGCAAAUAAAAUAUCAUUAAAACUUUUUUAAAAUUAUUUAUAUAACAAUUACUGUAAUAAACAUUUUGGUUAUUAAAAAACAUGAAAUAAUUGUAGGUGGAAAUUAAAUUGAAAAAAUGCAAUUCUGAAUAAUUAUGUUGAUUUUUUCUCUAUUAAUUCAUUUACCAGCUCACAUUUUGUUGUAUACAAUAUCUGUCAUGCAAAAAAGCAAGUUUUUAAAAGCAUGAUAUAGAGAAUAUCAGCAACAGUGUGCCAAGUUUUUAAUGCCACCACUAUAGCAAAAAAUGUGGGCACCAAAACACCUGAUAACAUACAUACUUUAAUGCAUUUGCACAAAUUUCAAGCAUUGUACUGUGUUUCCAUGUCAUGUGAAAGCAGAACAUACAUUAAAAAAAGAUUUAAAUGAAAUAACCUGAUGUUAUUAUAUGACCUGUUUCCUGACCUGACCUUGCAAAGGGCCCAUGUGUAUUUUGGCAGGUGUUAGCGGGACACAACCCUGACGUGUCUCUUGAUAAGCAAUGUGUCUUUGCAUGAGCCACGUUGUCAGACAAGUUGUCAUUCAGAGCCAUGUCUGGACUCAACGCCUCUCUUGGCUACUUUCUGGCCUGCGUUGUGUUUGGGGCCUCGCUGCGGCCGCUGCUUAAAAAAUGGCCACACUUGGCUUUCUUGUUGGAGUUCUCCUCCUCGUUCAUGUUGGUGGCAUGCUGGCUCGAGGUGCAGACCAUUGUGGAGGUAGGCGAGUGGGCCGGGGGAUUGGGCCCUGACGUGACGGUGACUAUACUGUUUGUGGUACUGCUCGCUCAUGGGAUCAUUAGCGAGGGCGCUUCAGGGAAUCCCAUCCUGAUUUUGAUGAGGUUCCUGCAGCUGGAGGCCACAGCACUCACCACUGUUCUGACAGUAGUCUUCCAGUUCCUUGGGGCCCAUCUCGCCCUGCAUGUGGCUGGAUACUACUGGAGCCUGGAGCUGACCGACAUGCACAUGAUCAAAAACUUGAUGUCCAGUGAGUGCAGCACGUCCCUGCUGGCCUCCUUGCUGCAGGGCUUUUUCACAGAGUGUAUGUGUGCACUCGUUUUUAACCUCGUCCACCUCUUCCUGAGACGGAAGUCUGCUCUCAUCCGUGUGCCCCUCAUCGCCAUCCUCCUCACCUUCCUGGCCCACACAGGUAUGAUGCACCCUGCUCUCAUCUUAAUUUAUAAUGAAAUAACACUAAUACACUUUGCCUGUCCUUUUGCAGCCAAAGGUUACACCUCAGCUUACAUCAACCCUUCAUUAGCCUACGGCCUCACCUUCUUUUGUCCUGGUUUCACCUUGGCGGAGUAUGCCUUUGUCUACUGGCUGGCCCCUGUCACAGGAAUGACACUGGCUCUCCUCUUGUAUAUGGGCCACAUUCCCAGGAUAUUUGCCAAGAACCUGCUGUCCUUUCAGAAGACACGUUUCAGAGUGCCCAAAAGUGGAGCAAAAGAGAAGAAAAAAUGAGCGACAUUUCUUUACUUUUCACUAUUUUAACAUGAGAUGCUUUCAUCUAAUAUUGCAUUUUUUUGGUAUAGUGACCAAAAAAAAUUGUGAAAACCAAAAAUGAUAAUCAGCUGGAUUUUUGCAAAUUGCUUUCAAUAAAAUAAUGUUUUUAAAAUCGCACAUUUA